CAUUGUGGGACUGCUCGUAGUGACUGUAAUUUUGCACCAAGGCUGAAUUUCGGGAAAGAGACUUCAGAUACAGUAUUAGGGGACCACUAAGGCCUAUAAAAAAGCAUCCAAAAACAACAUGUCAUGGGUUAGGGUUAGACUAAAUUGGGAGAGCUGGUGGGAGGAGUCGAAGCCCGCUUCCUCCGUGCAGCACUGCCUGUCUCUCUCAUGUAGCCCGCCCACCUAAAACUUUGUUUUUGCUAGAAAUAUGGUGAAGUAAGACUAGUAUAUUUGGUUGGUUAGCAGUUAGGAUGAACUUAGCUGUGGGCUCUGGAGUUCAGACAAUUCCGUAACUAUUGUAACUGAACAGCUGUGAGGACGUUUCUCUUCUGUUCGCUGCUAGUUCCCUUGGACACAAGAGUUCACAGGAAGUUGUUAACAAUUGCUUUAAUGUCUUAUCAGUCUUUCGAAAACUACGAUAACGGUCAACUGUAGGCAGAGAGUGUCAAACUCGUACCUCACUGCACAAGCAUGGACAACGCGGUGGUGGAGGAUCCACCUAGGAGAGUGUUCCUGGCCAGGAAGACCAUGAAGAUAAGUGACCGUCGACAGCUUGAGUCUCUUCACAACACUCGGCGUUCCUGGUCGCCUCGCUCUCCCCCCCGGCCUCCCUCUCCCCCCCGGGCUCGCUCUCCCCCCCUGCAGCCUCUGCGGGUGAGGCCGGAGCCCUCGGAGGAGUCGGCGUCGGCGGUGGAUGAAGAUCUGACCGGGCAAGAGACGGCACGCCGGGACGCAACGUCGAGGACUGCGUGCGGAGCCGAUAAGAACCUGGUGGAGCGGGCGACCUCCGCACGGGCAGUUCCAGCCUCGCGAUCCACGCACGCCGACUCGUCCGACCGUUGCGGCGGAGGAGACGGUGCCGAGGAGUCUGGACCGGAGGAAGGGGAGGUGAGCGACGUCUGGAGCGAGGAAGGAGGAGGACAGUCCCGCCGGGACGACGUCCCCCGUCCUUCUCCACAGAACUCGGGGGAAACGCACGAUGAAGACGCGGGAUCCGCGAGGCCGCCAGACCUCCGACCCGAGAUGGAUCCCGAGCACGUAAACCUCGAGCCGUCGGACCUAGAGAUGGUUCCUCUACCCUUCCCCCUCUCGCUGGUCCGCCUGGCCCCCUACACCUCCUCCACUCCAUCGCCUACCCAUUCCCCCUUAAGCACGACCUGCGACCAGGAACUUCUGCCCGGCUCCCUGGUGCUCUCCGAGGACGAGGACGAUGAGGAAGAGCAGGAGUGGGAGGAGGGGACGGCAGAUGUCGAACGGCAGCAGGACCACGGAGAGGAGUUCAACGCAGAAGGCGCUCCGGUGGAGGAGGAAGAAUGCUCUAGAGACGGAGAGGAGGGCGUAAAGGAAAGUGGCGUCGAGAAAGCGACGGAAGGUGGAGGUGAACUGGAUACGGAGAGCUUUCUUCUCUCCCACCGAAGAGACCGAGCGGUGGAGAGCGAGGAGGGCCGAGACCGUGUUUGCCAGAGAGAGGAACAGAUGGAUACGGAGGAGGCGGGGAUAUUUGGCCAGAGCCCAAGAACCGAGGAAUUAAGUCAGGGGAGGAAGGGGCACCAAAAGAAGCCUCGAAUAAGUGGAGAGAGGGAUGGAAAGGAAGAGGAGAUCCCUGAGAAGAGGUCUAGAAUGGACAGAGAGAGGGAUGGGGGUAAAGUGGGGACAGGGAUGAUUGCAACGGAAGAUGAGGCGAUGAUGGAUGAAGAAGCCAGGCAGGUUGGGGGGAAAUGGAAAAUCGAUGGACAGGGACAUGGAGAAGGAAAGAUUGCAGAGAAGAAGCCUCAAGGUGAUGGAAAACAAAAGGCGGUGAGAAGGUUGAGGGCGGAGGAAGAGGAUCUGGAAACACACCUAGAACUGAAGAUCCUCGAUAGGGCCGAGAAUCACAGCAGACUUCAGAAGGUGGUAAGGGAACUUGUGAGGGAACAGCUCAGAGCGGUGCAGAUGUCUCUGUUCGACCAGAGCCUGCAGGAGCUGAGAGACAGGCUGGAGAGACUGGAGUCCACCAAACACCAGAGUGCACUCCUCACCCUGCAGGGUAAGAUGGCGCAUCUCACAGAAAAGUGUGCGUCGAUAGCCGUCGGUCCAAACAAGGUGCACGUCAGGAGAAGGGCUAAAGCCCCUCUCUCUCCCUGCCCCUGCCUCUUCCCCUGCCCCUCCCCCUGCACCUCCAGCGGCACCUCCAGCGGCACCUCCACCUGCACCUCCAGCGGCACCUCCACCUGCACCUCCAGCGGCACCUCCACCUGCACCUCCCCCUGCCCCUCCCCCUGCCCCUCCCCCUGCCCCUCCCCCACCACCAGCCGGCUGUUCUCCCGGGUCCCGGCCUCCAUCACCCCCCCCACCAUAUCCCCACCAGAGGUCACCCCAUCCUUCUCCUCCCAGACUCUGCUGCAGGUGACCCCCCCUCACGUUCCUGCCCCUGCCUCUGAUUCUACCCCUGCUACGCCUAUGUCUGACUCUGCCCCUGCCUCUGCUUCUACACUUACGUCUGCGUCUGCCCCCUUGCUUCCCUUUGCCCCUGCCUUUACCACUGCCUCUACACUUUCAUCUGCCUCUGCCGCCUUGCUCCCCUUUGCCCCUACCCCUGCCUCUACCACUGCCUCUACACUUACAUCUGCCUCUGCCCCCUUGCUUCCCUUUGCCCCUACCCCUGCCUCUACCACUGCCUCUACACUUACAUCUGCCUCUGCCCCCUUGUUUCCCUUUGCCCCUACCCCUGCCUCUACCACUGACUCUACACUUACAUCUGCCUCUGCCCCCUUGUUUCUCUUUGCCCCUACCCCUGCCUCUACCACUGCCUCUUCCGCUACACUUACAUCUGCCUCUGCCCCAUUGCUUUAUUUUGCCUCUACCACUGCCUCAGCCUCUACACUUACAUCUGCCUCUGCCUCCUUGCUUCCCUUUGCCUCUACCACUGCCUCAGCCUCUACACUUACAUCUGCCUCUGCCCCCUUGCUUUCUUUUUCUUUUACCACUGCCUCAGCCUCUAGGGUUACAUCUGCCUCUGCCCCCUUGCUUUCCUUUGCCCCUACCCCUGCCUCUACCACUGCCUCAGCCUCUACGCUUACAUCUGCCUCUGCCCCCUUGCUUUCCUUUGCCCCUACCCCUGCCUCUACCACUGCCUCAGCCUCUACGCUUACAUCUGCCUCUGCCCCUGCCUUUACCUUUGAGUAUGCCCGACCCACCUCUGUCUCAGCCUUCCCAAUGUCAUUAACAGCCCAGCAAACUAAGUCCCUCCAACCCUUCUUUGUGCAUCUUUCUCCUGGAACUACAAUCUUGGGCCCCCUUAACCCGCUCAACAAUCUUGCAACCUUGGUGGGCAGCAUCAAAACCCCUAACAUGACCUACAUCAUUCAGUCUCCAGUCACCACCUCUCCUGCUUCCACAUCCCGUACACAGCCUGUUACCUUUAAUGCCCAACCUAUUCCCACUAUCGCUCCCACUUCUCCAGCUGUGCAAGAUUUACCUUCCCUCCCUGCCGCCUUCUCCACCUCCUCUACCUUCUCGACCUUCCCCACCUUCCCCACCUCCUCCACCUUCCCCACUGCCCCGCCUCCUACAAGGCCCAGCCUCAGGCUCCCCCCCAUGUCCGCUCCUGUCCAACCAGAGGCCUACGUGGCGGGCACUCACCCCAGCACAGUGGUACCUGCCUCCUUCACCUCCUCCACCUUCCCCACUGCCCAGCUUCCUACAAGACCUGACCCGCCUCCUACAAGACCUGUCCCGCCUCCUACGAGACCUGCCCCGCCUCCUACAAGACCUGUCCCGUCUCCUACGAGACCUGCCCCGCCUCCUACAAGACUUGCCCCGCCUCCUACAAGACCUGUCCCGCCUCCUACAAGACCUGUCCCGCCUACUACAAGGCCCAGCCUCAGGCUCCCCCCCAUGUCCACUCGUGUCCAACCAGAGGCCUCCGUGGCGAGCACUCACCCCAGUGCGGUGGUACCCGCCUCCUCCACUUUCCCCACCACACUCACCGCCACGCCUCCAACCAGACCCGGCCUCAGGCCCCCCUUCAUCUCCGCUCCUGUCCAACCAGAGGCCACCGUGGAGGGCAGGUGCCCCAGCGUAGGGGGGCCUGGCUCGUCCCAUUGGUCCUCUCAUCAGACCUCCACGAGGACGCACUUGUUGACGUUGGUGAAAACGAGAGCGGAGCAGGCGGGGGUGUGUGUGACCUCGAUGUCCUCACCUCCACCUGUGGCCACAGCUUCUCCUGAACCGGCUCCUCCUCCUCCGACCGCCCAACCUGCACAUGUCUCUGCACCAGCUUUAACCCCGCCUCUCGAAACAGGUUGCAAGGUGAGGAGGCGACCUGCAGACUCCACCGUGUCGAAAACGGCAGUCGCACAGUCCUCAGGCUCCUCGGACAGAGCAGCGGUGGUGAUCGACCUGACUGAGGAUGAUGUUGAUGAUGAUGCUGAUGAUGUUGUUCUAGUUUCAGAAGCAGCCACAGAGAGGGGAGCGGUGGAGGGGCCGUCACCUCCAGAGGCUCUUACUGAGGACAAGAGACAAGCUUCCGGAGUGUCGAAAUCUCCAGCCCCUCUCACAUUUGCAUCCCUAUUGGCUGCACCGCAAAGGACGAUCACACCACCAUCCAAUGGCAUGACUGUCUCCGUGGUACCAAAGAGUGAGAGUUUACCUCCUGGUGAUCAGCCCUUUGUUCCAAAUACUCUUCUUGAAUGUCUUCUGAAGACGGCUUCCAGAACCGGCGCGUCACCGGCGACCCAAACCACGAGACAAAACGCCACCCCUCGCUGCUCCCCUUGCAAACCUGCUCCGCAGCCCUCCGCCCCCCCCCCGCUCCCGCCCCCCCCCAGCCCCCCCGGCCCACCGCCCUCGGGGGCGGCCCACACCUCCCCGCCCCAACGACCCCAACUGAGGCUGGCCCGCAUCCAUGAUCACAACGGCAUCGCGCUCUCCUGGUCGGUGGCAGAGGUGGACCCGAGGUGCGCCCCCGUCGCCGGCUACCAGCUGUACGCCUACCACCACCCCGACACGCCCAAGGACCCGGCCCCCGCCCCCCCGUCACAGUGGAGGAAGAUCGGGGAGGUGAAUGCACUGCCCCUGCCCAUGGCAUGCACCCUCACACAGUUUGCCCCGAGCGCCAGGUACUAUUUCGCAGUCCGGGCGCGAGACGUGUUCGGACGGUACGGGUCGUUCUGCGAGGCCCAGUGUUCCGACGCCGCCACCUCCACCGGCUAAGAAACUGGAGCUUGAUGCCGUUCCCUCAAGCGACAAACUGAAACUCUUUUUUACCCUAGUGUUGAAGGUUAAAAAUUACCAGUCAGUGUUUGUAAAUUGAUAUCCACAGUGUGUUUAUAUUGGUAUUACUUGCAGAAUUACGUAAUGCGGUGAAUAUAGUUUAAUUUUUGAAAGGAAAAACUACUUUGUUUCAAGUUGAUACAGUCUAGGUUUUCUCUAAGUCUAUUUUUUUUUUAUCUUUAUCUGUACAUCUGAAAAGUUUGUUUUGUGCCGUAACCCACUGGCCAAACUGAAAAAAACCCAAGUCUCUCUGACAGUUGUCAUCUCCUGUGUGUUCACCACACAGGGGCAGUGUUGUGUCAGAGGAGCAGUAGCAAGUUUAGCCCAGGUCAAGAUCACUGUUGACACAGUCAACCACAAAGGCACAAUUACAUUGUCCUUACUUCAAGUUCAUUGACUUUCCUUGUAAAUGAAUCUUCUCAAUACUUUUCUAUCUGAACUGACCUUGGAGGACGGUGAUCCCUUUAUCCAAGUACUAGUGUACUCUUCAUUUAUUUGGUCCUUUUGUUCAGAGGAAGGAACAUUUAAAGAAGUCAAAUAUGCCUUCGUCCAGGGCUCCCAAGUGCAUUAUUUUGGUUCAUUACCUUUCCUACAGAAACCGUGGAAGAUAUACCCUCAGAAGAUUAAAUAAACACGUGAUAUAAAUACAGUGUUUUUGCUGUGUCUGAUCAGGAGAAUAUAAGAAUUAGGUUUAGGCGUUUCUGUGCAUCAAAUCUGGAGAACAAGCCAGGUUCCACCUGGUCCAACUCCAACUCUCGUCUCUUACAGGAUGGAAGACUAGGGGGUUAAAGCAAUGUUUGCAAAUGUGUAUUAAAGGUUUGUGUUGAACGUACAGGAUAUCAACUGUGCUUUGCACUGACUGUUGUUUUGUUUAUGGAUGCUUGACUGUAGGGGGAGCCAGGCGCUUAUCAGUUUCCCCCUCACCGUGGCUUGGUUCCUCGACAUUUGUUGGAAAGACACCCCCCCCUCAUCCUCCCUCUUUCCCCUCCCACUCUCCCCCCGCCCCCUCCUCUCCUCUCCUGUCUCCCUCUCUCAAUGCAUACUAAUGCCGGGAGAGUGGACCCACCUCCCUCCCACAGUGUGUGUUCUCUGGGAGGGGCGGGAGAGGGGGAUGACAGAGAGAUAGCGGCUUCUGUUCAGUAUCCUUCCUCAUGAGGCAGGCUAGGCUAGUCUCAACAGCAGCCCCCAUGGCUUUCCACUGAAGCAACACAGAGGCUACCCUUAUCCGCUGCAACAAUGUCUAACCUGUGCGAGUGGCAUGUGGCGGCAGUCCAGAGUUGAGACAGAAGGACAUUUUAUUGGGUGUUUUUUUGGUUGUUGUUGUUGGUUAAUCUGAAUGGGAAGUCUUUUUUGGGUGGAGGAAGAGGAGACCCAAGCAGACAGUCGGGGAGGGGGAAUAACUGGCUACUGCCAAUCCCCCCCCUUCCACACACAGAAGACAGGGAAAACGGAGGCCACGGGAGUAUUCGCUUUUUUCUUUCGUUUUUUGUUCUUUUUCUUCCUCAUCGCGUUGCUGGGAGGCGCCUUGUCUUUUCACUUGCUGGCUCUCUCGGUCCUCUGCCUCUUCAUCUACUUCUCCAUCUACCUGGUCUACAAUUUCUUCUAUUUAUGAGCAAGGGAAGGGGGGAAAGGGAGGGAGUGAG